CUGCAUGUAUGGAUCCACAUCUGUGUUUCAUCUUGUUCCAAUCAUUCUCAUUUUACUCCUCUUGCAAUAACCAAACACUUCUUUGCUUGAUUUCUGUUUGAACCAGCAAUGGCCGAAGCAAUUGCUUUCGACCUCGCCGUAGGGCUUAUUACUAAAUUGAGCUCCUUUACUCUCUCUCAAAUUGGACUGUGGUGGAAUCUCAAAGAUGACCUCGACGACCUCAAAAGCACCGUCUCUACAGUCAAAGCUUUGCUUCUUGACGCAGAAGAGCGAUCCGUGACCAGCCGACCCGUCAAGGAAUGGUUUAAAAGCCUGAAAGAUGUACUUUACGAUGCUGACGACUUGCUCAAUGAUUUCUCUACCGAAGCUUUGCGGAAAGAUAACAAGCUGACGAAAGAGGUACGCCUUUUCUUCUCGUGCUCAAACCAGUUUGAUUACGGUCUCAAAAUGGGUCGGAAAAUUAAGACCAUUAAGGCCAGGUUGAUUUCAAUUGGAAAUGAUGCCAAGGUGUUCAACUUGGUAGAGCGUCCCAUGGAAACCUCUUUCAUGACAAAAAAGAGGCAGCAAGAGCACUCUUUUGUGCCUAAAGAUAAAAUAAUAGGGAGGGACAAUGAUAAAGCAGCUCUUCUAAAGCUCGUGUUAGAGUUUGAAAGUGAUGAGACUGUUUACAUCAUUCCAAUUGUGGGGUUAGGAGGGUUAGGGAAGACUGCUUUGGCUCAGUUUGUCUAUAAUGAUGAAAUGGUCAAAAAUCAUUUUGAGUUGAUGAUGUGGGUGUGUGUUUCAGAUGUUUUUGAUGUUAAAAUAAUUGUAGAAAACAUGAUCAAAUCUGCAACAGGCAAAGCACCCGAUCAAAAUCUCGAAAUGGACCAAUUGCAAAAACAACUUCGGGAAAAAAUUGGUGGGAGAAAGUAUUUGCUUGUUUUGGAUGACAUUUGGAAUGAUGAGUGGGAAAAAUGGGUUAGAUUAAAAGAGUUAUUAGUAGGUGGGGCUAAAGGAAGUAGGAUAAUAGUAACUACUCGCUCUUCUAAGGUAGCCAAGAUCACUAGUAAAUGUCAGCCUUAUGUUCUGAACGGCUUGUCUGAUAAUGAUGCUUGGUCUUUGUUCAAAGAGAUAGCAUUUGAACAAGGAUCGGCAGACUCAACAGAUUCAGGCUUCGUGGAAAUAGGAAAGCUGAUUCUGGAAAGGUGUUGUGGGGUUCCCUUAGUCAUAAGGACGAUAGCUGGUACGUUAUCUUUCAAAGAAACUAAAAGUGAGUGGCUUUCUUUUAAAGAUAACGAACUUGCUAGAAUAUCUCAGAACGAAGGUGAGAUAUUACCUACACUUAAGUUGAGUUAUGAUCAUCUCCCGUCUCAUUUGAAGCAUUGUUUUGCUUAUUGUCGACUAUAUCCAAAAGAUCAUGAAAUUGAUGUACGAACACUUGUUCAAUUUUGGAUUGCACAAGGUUUUGUAAAGCAAUUGAAUCCAAGUCAAUCUCUUGAGGAGAUCGGAUUUGGAUAUUUUAAAGAUUUAGUUGAAAGAAGUUUCUUUCAAGAGGUAGUAGAAUAUGGAUUUUGGUUUAUGGGAUGUAAAAUGCAUGAUUUAAUGCAUGAUCUAGCUGAAUCAGUAGCAGGGAUGGAGAGUAGUAUUAUAGAUUCAAAUAACAUUGCGAGUGAUGUUGGUGAAAACUGUCGCCACAUAUCAAUUAAACCUUCAUUAAUUCCUUUGUUUAAGGGAAAGAAGUUGCGAACCUUGUUACAUUUUCACGACAAAAUGGAUCAAAAAUUGAGUGAUGAAAGUUGGGAUUUGAUAAUUGCAAAUUGUAGAUGCUUGCGUGUAUUGAAAUUGGAUGAUAUAGGUAUUCAAAAGAUUUCACCCUCCAUUUACAAGUUGAAACAUUUGAGGUACCUUGAUCUUUCUUAUAAUAGCGAUCUUAAGAUUCUCCCAAAGAGUAUUUGCAAGAUUCAGAAUUUGCUAUCGCUGAAACUUGACGAGUGUCCUAAGCUUAAAGAAUUGCCAAAGAAGAUUGAAAAAUUGGUGAAUCUUACCCAUCUUGCGUGUUAUUUUUGUGAUAGAUUAACUCAUAUGCCACGUGGAAUAGGGAAGCUGACUUCACUUGAGACGUUAAGCAUGUUUGUAGUGGAUAAAGAUGGGUCCCAUGGCGGUGCAGAUCUAAGUGAAUUGAGACUGCUUAACAACUUAAGGGGACGCCUAACAAUACGAAAUUUGGGAUCCGUAAAAAAUGCAAAAGAGAAGUUUAAGGCUGCUAAUUUGAAAGAGAAGCAACAUUUGAGAUCUUUGGAUUUAGAAUGGGGCGGUCGUAACCAUGAUGAUGAGAAGUCACUUGAAGACCUCCAGCCCCAUCCUAAUCUCAAGGAGCUAUGGAUUCGAGGAUGGAGGGCUGAUGCCAAGUUUCCGAGUUGGCUUCAUUUGCUCACAAGUCUCGUCAAAAUUAAAAUAAAUUAUGGUAAUUUCAAACGUCUCCCAUCCUUUGCUCAAUUUCCUUGUCUUCAACAUUUGGUAAUUCGUCAUUUAACUGAGCUGGAGUACAUGGAUAAUAAUAGCCCAAAAGGAAGUCAAGGAGAACCACAAUCAUUCUUCCCAUCGCUUAAGCAUCUUAACCUCGAGGAUUGCCCAAAUAUGAAGAGUUGGUGGAGGACGACAAAACCAAUCGAUGAUGAUUCCAACGAGGACGACACAACAGUUAUGGGAACAUCAACCAUGGCAUUUCCUUGUCUUUCCUCUUUAACAAUUUAAAAUUGCCCUUUGACUUUAAUGCCACUGUAUCCAUCACUCGGUGAAUGUCUAAUGUUGUGGAAUACCAGUUCAAGGCCGUUGAAGCAAACUAUCAAGAUGAACAUCAAUGCUAAGGCCCCAUCAACUUCAACCUCUUCUCUUCCACUCUCCAAAUUGAAAUCUUUCCAUGUACACAACAUUGAGGGGUUGGACACUCACACGCUAGAUGAGUGCCUGCAACAUCUCACCAGCCUCAAAAGAUUAACAAUAAGAGAUUGCAAGGAGGUUGAUUUAGAGGGCAUGCAAUGGGAACCCCUUAAGAAUCUCUCUCAUUUGGAGAUUGAUAAUAUUCCAAAGCUGGUGUCUCUCCCCAUUUGGCUUCAACAUCUAACAAAUCUGCAACGGCUUUAUCUCGUUAAUUUGCCCAAUUUAACAUCUCUUCCGGACGAGAUGCGUUGCCUAACCAGUUUGGAGUAUUUACAAAUACAAAGAAUUCCUCAGUUGGAGGAAAGAUGUCGGAAGGACAUUGGCGCUGAUUGGCAAAAGAUUGCUCACAUCCCCAAUAUUCGGUUGUAACAGUAAGGCAUUGGAGAAAGGCAUUAGUGAACUUCAAUCAUUUUAUAUGCAUAAAAAGAGGGCACUCUUUUAGCUAUUUGGAAUUCCAGCGAAAUUUGUUAUUGAAGGUCCAAACAGGAAAAAAAAGGAAGAUGCUUCAAAAUAUUUGGUGGUGAGGUUGAAGUUGAUAAAACGUUUCAUUAUUUAUAUAUCAACAGCAUUAUACUAAACACACAUAUGUGCAAAUAUAAUGCUGAUAAUGGUGAGCACUUUAGUUUUGAGGUGUAAAUAAAUAAUGGAUUUGUAACAUAUUUCAUGUUGGCAUUUACAAUUUUCAGGUUCUUUGUUGCUUUUGGAAGAGUCGUUGUUCAAGCAUGACAAUUGCCAGACAUAUUGCAUUUGAAAAUUUAUUAUUCCACUUUAAAUGGAGCUUAUUCAGAGCUUGAUUCAUAGUAGGAAAACCAUCUGAGUAUCGAAUCUGAAUUUUCACUUGCAUAGCUAAAAUGAGUUGGGAGAGAAUUUACUUCAUUGUACAAAAGUGAGAUUGCAUCACGUGUUUGAGGGGUUAAGCUUAAAUCAUUUCUUUGUACUAUGAAGUUCAUAGCGGAUUCAUCUUUGGGCAAAACCCCGCAGAUGUAGGACGAGUUCCGAACUGCGUAAACAUCUUAAUUGUGUUCUUUAUUUUCCUUAUUGCAAAAUAUGUACCAACUCAAGAAAAAACACAUUUUUAAUGUUCCAAA